AUGGACCCGGGAGCCACAGAGCCCCCGGGCACCGGCCCGCCUCAGGAUGAAGAGCAGAUCGCGGCGUCCCCACAGCCGCCGCCGCCGUGGCCGCCGCCGAAACCGCCGCCGCCGCCGCCGCCGCCGCCGCCGCCGCCGCUGCUCUCAGAAUCAGGUCCAGAACCGGCCCGGGAACCUGUAGCAGAACCAGCGCCAGAGCCGGCCCAAGAGCUAGCCUCAGAAUCUGCCACUCAACUGGCCUCUGAGCCAGUCCCGGGAAUAGACUCAGAACCCGCCCCAGAGCCGGUCCCAGAACUAGACUCAGAACCGACCCCAGAGCCGGUCCUAGAUCUAGACAUAGACCCUGGCCCGGAACGGGUCCCAGAACCUGCACCAGAUACGGCCCCCGAGCCGGUCCCAGUACUAGACGCAGAACCUGCCCCAGAGCUGGUUCCAGAACUAGACCCAGACCCGGCCCCAGAGCCGCUCUUAGAACUUCCACCAGAACCGGCCCCAGAGUCGGACCCAGAGCUUGCCCCCAAAUCGGUCCCAGAACCGGUUACUGAAUCAGACACAGACUCAUGCCCUGACCCGGAUCCCGAGCGCUGUCCGGACCCGAAUCCAGCACUAUGCCUAUUGCCGCGUCCGACAGUCGCUGCGAGGGCGCUGACCACCCCGUCGCUGCCGCGAUCACCAAGGCUGCUGUCCAGGAUAAAGCGAAUAUUGAAAGAAGGACCUCUGCUGAAGAGCUGCAACUCUUUUCAGAGAUGGAAGGUUAGAUACUUUCUAGUACGAGGACAAAACCUGUGCUUCGCACACCAUCCUUCGUUUGCACGGUUUGAAACAAUUGAUCUUUCUCAAGUUGUCUUAGCAGAAAGCAGCUGUAGAAAUCUUUGUCACACUUUUUCUGUAAUUACACCAGAACAAAAAUUUACCUUGGCCGCACCGAAUCGGAAAGACAUGGAAGAAUGGAUUAAUGUCAUAAAAACUGUACAACAGGGAGAAAUUCAUAAGAUACCGGCAGCAGAAAACAACCCUUUUCUUGUUGGAAUGCAUUAUUGGUAUGCCAGCCAGAGCUCUAAGACCCAGCACUGCAAUAUCUGUCGGGAAGUCAUUCCUGCUCUGUCUAGAAAUGUGAUUGUCUGUGAAGUAUGCAAAGUGAAGUCUCACAAAUUAUGUGCUUUGAGAGCUAGUAAAGAUUGCAAGUGGAAUACCUUGUCUGUCACUGAUGAUCUUCUUCUGCCUGCUGAUGAAAUAGAAACUAUGCCCCAUCAGUGGGUAGAAGGAAAUAUACCUGUUGACUCUCAAUGUGCAGUUUGUCACAAAAAAUGUGGGAGCAGUAAAAGACUUCAGGAUUACCGCUGCCUGUGGUGUCAUCAAACGGUGCAUGAUGACUGCAGGCGGUGGUUUUCCAAGGAAUGCAGCUGUGGGAGUCAUCAUCCAUCCAUCAUCCCUCCCACAGCUAUCAGCGACCCCAAAGGGGAUGGUCGACUCAUCAUAUCAUCAGACUUCUGGAAUCUUGAUUGGUCAUCACCCUGUUCAUGUCCCCUUCUCAUCUUCAUCAAUUCAAAAAGCGGCGAUCACCAGGGGGUCGUCUUUCUCAGGAAAUUCAAGCAAUACCUCAACCCAUCUCAAGUUUUUGAUCUAUCGAAGGGUGGACCAGAAGCCGGGCUCUGCAUGUUCAAAAAUUUUGCUCGCUUUCGCAUUGUAGUUUGUGGUGGAGAUGGCAGCGUGAGCUGGGUCUUAUCAGUGAUUGAUGACUUUGGAUUACAUGAAAGGUGUCAGCUAGCAGUCGUCCCACUUGGAACAGGCAAUGAUCUGGCCCGCGUCCUCGGCUGGGGUGCAUUCUGGAACAAAAAUAAGUCUCCUUUGAACAUCCUCAACAGAGUAGAGCAGGCUAGUGUCAGGACUCUAGACAGAUGGAGUGUGUUGAUCCGUGAGACUCCCAGACAAACCCCACUGCCAGGAGGAGCAGGUGAAAUGGAUGUAUCCAUGUUUGAGGCUGCUGCCAUCCAGAACUUAGAGUCUGCAACCACUGAGUUGAACAAAAUUCUGAGAGCCAAGUACCCCACAGAGAUAGUCAUUGCAGCGAGAUUCCUGUGCUCAGCAGUAGAAGAUUUCAUGCUUGAUAUUGUAAAGGCCUGGAGUAGAAUAAAGCAGAACAACACAGCAGUAGAGUCUGUUAUUUUGAAAAGUGACAUCAUGUAUGACAAGCUCAGUGUCCUUAUUGAUAUCCUUACUGAGGAGGGAUCAGUUGAGUGUUUUAAAGUAGGUGCAAUGAGCAUCAAAGCAGAUGGGAAGCCCUUCAUACCUCAAAUAGACCACAUGAACAAAUGCAAGCUGGAGCUGUCCACAAAGGCACAGACCCUCCAGAAAUCCUUGAAACUCAUCGUAUUCCAAGUUGAACAAGUUCUAGAUGAACAAAGUCGACAGACCAUAUCGGUUAAGAACUUUAGUUCAACUCUCUGCCUUGAAGAUGACUCCGAAGAUAUCAGCCAGAUGAGCCCAAGAACACGUUCUCAUUGUGGCACAUUGGCUUCUAUAUCUUCUCUCAAAAAUGAAGACCUAGAACAUCUCAAUUUGGAGUAUUUACACUUCAAACCUGAAACUAUACGCUUCAAAGAAAGAUGUGUCAUGAAUAACUAUUUUGGAAUUGGACUGGAUGCUAAAAUUUCUUUGGAGUUCAACACCAGAAGAGAAGAACACCCAGAGCAACACAAUAACCGCCUCAAGAACAAGAUGUGGUAUGGGCUACUGGGAAGCAAGGAAAUUUUCCAGCGUUCUUACAGGAAACUAGAAGAACGAGUGCACCUGGAGUGUGACGGAGAAGUCAUCUACUUGCCAAACCUUCAAGGCAUUGUAGUGCUCAACAUUACCAGCUAUGCUGGAGGUGUCAACUUCUGGGGAAGCAGCACAGCUACCACAGAAUAUGAAGCUCCUGCCAUAGAUGAUGGGAAGCUGGAGGUAGUGGCAAUAUUUGGCUCCAUGCAGAUGGCACUGUCCCGUAUUAUCAAUCUGCACCAUCAUCGCAUCGCACAGUGCCGUGAGGUGUUGAUAACUAUUGAUGGUGACGAAGGUAUUCCAGUGCAGGUGGAUGGGGAGGCCUGGGUUCAGAUGCCAGGUCUUAUCAAGAUUAGCUACAAGAAUACUGCCCAGAUGUUGACAAGAGAUCGGGACUUCGAGAACUCAAUGCAAAAGUGGGAGUGCAAGCAUGCUGAAAUUCAAACUGCCACUCAACCCCAAUUGGAUUUACAAGAAUUUCAAAACAGCCUUUCAGAUGAGGAGUAUGCACAAAUACAGCGCUUAGUUCAGCUAUCAGAAAACCUCAUCAGCAGACUUACUGACCUGAACAAAGUCCACCAGUAUGUGUAUGUUCUCAUGGAUUCUGUGAAUGCCAGUGCUAAGAUCAUGAAUGAGAUAUUUUAUAGCCAACACAAUGAGUUUGGUGCAGCUUCCUGCACUCCCAUUGAGACUAUAAGCAGAAGUGAUGCCAUAGACGUUACCCUUAGUUUGAAAGGGCUCUAUGAUGACACCAAAACUUUCCUGGAUGAAAACUUGCUAAGAAAUGUUGAAAAUGAGACCACGCUGAAAACUACACUGGAUGCCAUGAAUCAGGAGUUUGAAAAACUCUCUGAAAUCGACUGGAUAAAUCCUAUUCUUUUCCCAGAGGAAGAAUCUUCAGAAUUUCAUAGUAAACAUCUCAAAUUGAAAAUAAAAUUUCCAAAAUUUGGGAAGAAGCCAGAAAAGGAAGAUAAGGCUAAAUCAAGGAAACGAAUCCAGAGUUUUCUUGGAAAUCUCUGGCAUCGUAGAAAUGAUGAUGAUGAUGAUGAAGAUGACGAUUAUGAUGACGAUUAUGAUGAGUUUGAUGAUGAUGAAUCAAAAUAUGAUGAUCCUUCAACAUCAACAUCUCAACUGUAG